GGCUGCGCCCAUGUUUUGCAAAAUUUAGAAAAAUUUCCUGAUUAAAGUCAGUUUUGCACAAAAAGACAGAGGCAGGUUCCUAUGUUUAUGAUUUCUAAAUGAAGUGAAUUGUUUAAAGGUUGUCAAUUGCCAUGGCAUCACCAGAAAACACGUUGUUUGUCAAGCACCUCCCUGCUAAAUUGACCGCUGAAGAACGAGAUGAGUUUCUUCGUCACUUUGGAGCUGAGCGUGUUUAUUGUAUGUCAGACAAUGGGCGCAUGAAAUAUACCGCAUUUGCAACAUUCACUGACAAAGAUGCGGCAGCCCUUGCACUGAAAAGACUUCACCAGUUAGAGAUCCUAGGCUGUAAACUAAGUGUAGAAUUCUCAAAGCCAAACUUCAGAAGAUUCCAUCCUUCUCUUUUAGACCAUGUGGCAACAGAUCAAACAGAGGGGGAUGAAGAGAGCAGUGGCAGGAAAGAAAAAAUCGAAAAAAUACCACCUCCACUUCCAGAAACAGUGAACAGCUUGGGUUCAAAAUUGAGUGUGAAUUAUCCUCUCAAUCCUAAGCUAAAGUACCUGUUCCCACCGCCAACUGCUAGUAUUUUGACCAACAUUGCAAGUGCCCUUGCUUCAGUACCAAAGUUCUAUGUGCAAGUGUUGCAUCUUAUGAACAAAAUGAAUUUACCUGCCCCAUUUGGAGUGCUGACUGCAACCCCUCCAUUGGCGCCCGAUCAGCCUGUGGAGGGGACUGAAGCUCUUGGAGAGGACAUUGUCGAAGAGGAAGAGAUGAUAAUGUCGAGCACGGAGGAGUCUGAACUGGAGAGUGAUCAGGAGGACAUUCGCAUAAAACCUAUUUUGCCCUUAAAGAGGCAAAAGAGACCUGCAGGACAGAAACCGAAAAGACUGAAAUUACAGAAGGUAACUACUGCUGCAAAAGCCGCUGUCAGCUCACAGGUAAAGCCGGAGGACGUGUUUGAACCCAUCGACGGACAAGGGAGCAGAAAGAUAGAAUUUAACCUGAAGUCUGGGAUUCCACAAGUUGUAGGUAUUAACCAUGGUGUUGGUAUUGUUCCAACGCAUGAACCAGGGACUCAACCAGAAGAUCUUUUGGAUGUAUUAGAACACAUGCCGACAGUUGGUGGUUUUGGUAAAAUAGAACCACCAAAGUUGCCUGAGAAAGAAAAGGAUACUCAGAGUGAUGGUUCUGAGUCUGAGGAGUUGUCAGAGUUCAUAUCAUCCAGCGAACUAAGGAGGAAUUGUCUUUCGGAAAGAGAGAUGAGAGAAUACAGCACAUUCAAGAACUAUGAUCCUGGCGAACCUUCAAGUAGGCUGUAUGUGAAAAAUCUUCACCGCCAUGUGACGGAGAAAGAAUUAAAGUAUAUCUUUGGUCGUUAUGUUGAUUGGUCUAAUGAGACUGAGGUGAAUAUGUUUGAUGUGAUGCUAAUGACGGAGGGUCGCAUGAGGGGACAAGCAUUUGUUACAUUGGGCUCCACAAAAAUUGCUGCCAGAGCAUUGAAAAGAACUAAUGCGUAUCUCCUUCAUGAUAAACCCAUGGUUGUGAAUUUCGCUCGAUCAGCUAAGGCGAAAGAUCAGUCGGAAGUAGACAGUUUGAAGAAGACUGCUGAAAGUUCAUCUUCUCGUGCUCAUACAGGCAAAAGACAAUCAACAGGAAAUGAUGAGAAUGUGUCCUCUUCAUCGAGUCGUGGCAUUGAAAGAAACAACCGUGACCAACAUUUCAAAACCCAUGUGCAAUCAGAAUUCAGGACUGAUAAUGACAAACAUUUGAGAAAGGAAUCUGAAUCAGAACGUGACUUCAGAAGGCACGAUAGGACAGAAAAUCAAUUGCAUGCUGAUGGACCAUUGCCUCUCAAAACAGAGCCUUGUUUGAGCACAGGGAUAAUGAAUACAGAUACAUGUAGGUCAAGACAAUAUGAGAGAUCUAUGCAUCCCAAGGAAAGAAAUCUCAACGUUGGUCAUCCCAGGGAAAAUGAUGGGUCAUUGACUGUUUCAUCCCAAGCUUUACGUAGUGAGUGUCUGUCUGCCUCACCACUUGGUACAGUGUCACAAGUUUGUGCUAUGGAGAUUGGGCAAGGUUCUGUUUCAGUUAACCCUGCCAAUGGUGAUUCUGUAGAAGAGGCAGUCAGUUCAACAAAGUUGGGAAGCAAGUUUGUUCAUCAAACAGAUGAUUCAGCAGUUUCUCAUUUCCAAGGUAACCAAGAAAGUCACAAAGUUACAGAGAACUUUGCUGUCCCUCCCUAUUUGGUUGGCUCAGCCAUUCCUCCCCACGUGUCUGAAAAUCCUGCAACCCCUCCCUGGGUGGAUGGAACUUGCCCCACACCCCCGCAUAUUGCAGAGUAUGAAGAUGAUCCUGUUUGUACUACAUCCCAUGUGGAAGAUGAACGAUUUAUAACCAAAGAGUUGUUGGAAGCAAACAGGCUGACAGAAAAUGAUAAGUUGGAAAAUAAGGUGUUUAAAAAUUAUAGGCGGGGAGAGCCAAGUUGUAAACUUUAUGUGAAGAACUUGAAGCAUAAUCUUGUGACUGAGGAGGAUAUUGUUUAUAUAUUCGGUAAAUUUGUUCAAGGUUGUUCAGAAGAUGUGAUGACAGGACUUGAUAUAAGGCUGCUUGAAGGCCGAAUGAAAGGACAGGCUUUCAUAACUUAUCGCACAGUUGAAGAAGCUGAAAAGGCUCUCGAUUCUGUAAACGGUUACAAACUGCAUGAUAAACCUAUAGUCAUACAAUUUGGAAAAUCCUAAAGUUGAGAUAAAAAAGUGCCUGAGCAGAUGUGUCUACAGCUUUCAUGAUAGAUGUUAUAAUGACUGCAUAACUUUGAAAGUACAUCAGGUGAACUUGAUUGUCACUUUCCUCUAAACGCCCUGCAGUGUAUAUUAGUAAAGAGACGGAUUAAAGUUUGGCCCAAAGUUGCUUUUGAUAAUAAAUAUGUUGUGAUUAUUGACAUCAUGUUUUAAUGUUUGUACUAUUUACCUCUUCAACAACAACAUUUGAUCUGC